AUGGCGCAACCCAUCAUACUUCCCAUCUCUACAGUUCAGCACGACUUCCAAGCAGUCGUUCAGGAUGUGUUAGACGGGCUCGUUCCUGAAGACAAGUUCUGGGUGUCGUGCUACAAGACAGAGGAACCUUCAGUACAUGGCAAAGCGGUCGUGGCUUUAGAUGAAAACAAUCGUGACCUUCUCAUCUUCCGAGGGCAAGAUGGAGUAGAAUUCAAGGAAUGCCGCCAGGGUGCAUAUAGUGUAUCAUGCCCCUCCCUCGCUCUAGGGGAGACUCGGGUGGCGGUCCCAAGCGCAUCCUACUCCAGUCCAGAAGACAUUCGCAAGCAAGGAAAACAAAUCACCGCUUUUGACGUCGCACCGAAUGGAACUCAGUUUGCGACCGGUUACCAAGAUGGAUCUGUCGUCGUCCGGCCUUCGUCGUCCUCCACCUCAACGCCCUCGGUGAUCAGCAAAGCCCACCUGAGCACCGUCACUUCCAUCCGCUUCUUCCCCUCUUCCAGAGUGCUCUUGACAGGAGGAGUGGACUUCUCACUCUCCAUUCUCUCUGCAGAGCCAUCUGACACUCCUGCUGGAUAUGAAACCACCAGAGCGACCCCUGUUCGCACUCUUCGUGGCCACACUCGCGCUAUAACCUCCACUGGCAUCGUCGCUCGCGGGCGAAACGUCCUUUCAGGGUCCAAAGACGGCUCCCUACGGCUCUGGGAUGUCCCAACAAGUGCUCAGAUCCGAACACUUGCCGCAGGCACAAAUCGCUUUAUUCCUAUCCUUGCCCUCAGCACCGGAGAACGGUGGAAACCAGACGCACACGCCACCGACGCGGACGGCACCCCUGCAGAAGCUCCAGACGGGCGAGAAGUGGAGACGAACGACAAGGUGGUGUUCUGCGCCCUCCAGGACGGUUCCUUCGAGCUCUUCGACCUGCGCACGAAGCGCGCCGAGUUCCGUUCUCCCCCAGGUGCGGCGGGUUUGCGGUCUGCCCUCCAGUCAAUCGCAUAUGGCCCGGAAGACCACCUUCUUGUAACGGGAUCCGCCUCGGGCUUUGUCUCCGUACACGACACCCGGACCCUGGGGGAAGGACCGAUCACGACGUUCCGUAGGAACAGUGCGCCUAUUGAGGACAUCAACUUCGCGUCGUUGUCCGAGACGUCCUUCUCGCUAGGAGCGCCCUCCUUCACGGGGGUCGGUGUCGCCGUGGCCACGGAAGACGGGCUGCCAUAUGUCGCGGACGUGCGACCGAACGGACCACUUGUCCGCGCCGAGCUGGUGGGGACAGACUGCGACCAGGUGCGGUUUGUGAGGGUCAUCGGUGGGGAUGUGUGGACUGCGGCAGACGACGGAGUGGUCAGGCGGUAUGAGUCGUAG